ACCCGCAACGUCUCAGGUGGCGACUUCCCGUAACCGUGAUGGCGUAAAUCCCUGCGCCACGGAAACAGAGCGUAAACCCAAGGCGGCCGCCGACGAUGGAGGCGCUCCUCCGGUGGGCGGCCGAGCUUGGCGUCUCCGACUCGCCGCCUCCGCCGUUCCAUUCCUCCGCCUCCGCAGCCGCAUCCUCCUCGUCUCCGUCCUCCUGCAUCGGUCGCUCCCUCGUCGUCGCCGAUUUCCCCGAUGCCGGCGGGAGGGGCCUCGCGGCGGCGCGCGACCUGCGGCGCGGCGAGCUGGUGCUGCGCGUGCCCCGCGCCGCGCUGUUCACAAGCGACCGCGUUAUGGCCGACGACCCCCGGGUCGCCGCCUGCGUCAGCGCCCACCGUCACCACCUCUCCUCCGUGCAUAUAUUGAUAGGGUGCUUAUUGGCUGAAGUGGGGAAAGGGAGGAAUUCCGUCUGGCAUACCUAUCUGUCUCAGCUGCCCAGCUACUACACUAUCUUGUCUACCUUCAAUGAUUUUGAAAUUGAAGCUCUCCAAGUUGAUGAUGCCAUUUGGGUUGCACAAAAGGCUAUCAGUGCCAUAAAAUCAGACUGGGAAGAUGCAACACCACUGAUGAAAGAAUUGGAUUUUAAACCUAAGCUUUUGAUGUUUAAAUCCUGGAUCUGGGCGUUUGCAACGGUGUCUUCACGCACAUUACAUAUUGCAUGGGAUGAAGCUGGUUGCCUAUGCCCUGUGGGUGAUUUGUUCAACUAUGCUGCUCCUGAUGAUACUUCAUUUGAGGAAGAUGAUAUAGCUGGAGCUGAGAGAUUAACAGAUGGUGGGUAUGAAGAUUCUAAUGCGUACUGUUUGUAUGCCAGAAAAAAUUAUAAAAAGGGAGAGCAGGUUCUACUUGGUUACGGGACAUACACAAACUUGGAACUUCUUGAAUACUAUGGUUUUCUUUUGAGCGAGAACCCUAAUGAGAAAACUUUCAUGCAAUUAGAUGUGGAUAUUUGCUCAAUUGGAACUUGGCCAAAAGAUUCGUUGUAUAUUCAUCCAAAUGGACAACCCUCAUUCGCAUUGUUGUGUGCAUUAAGACUGUGGGCAACUCCCGCAAACCGUAGAAAGGCUGUCAGUCAUCAGAUUUACUCUGGGUCAAUGCUUUCAACUGAAAACGAGAUGGAGAUUAUGAAAUGGUUGAUCAGCAAAUGUGAAGAAACUUUGCAACAAUUACCUACUACCGCCGAAAUCGAUGAAAGUCUGCUUGUCUUCUUACACAAAAUACAGAAUAGUACCAACUGCAGGACAGACUUGAAGCAGUCAGGUUUUGAGCAGGAGUUUGCUGUGUUCCUCCGUUUCCAUCGAUUGGACCUGGAUUGUUCUGAUAACAGUCAGCUCCCGAUUCAAAUUCUGAGAUCUCUGGAAAGAUGGGAACUAGCCGUCCAGUGGAGAUGCAAAUAUAAGAAGACGCUGAGGAAAUGUAUUUCAAACUGUGAAAGUUUAGUUCAUGAGCUUUCCUUGCAACUAAACAAACAAUAAUCAAGGACUACACAUCAUGUACUAGUAGUUCUUUUUUCCUUUUCUUUCUUUCGAUUCUGUAGUAGAGUAUCUGCCUUUCUGAACUGAAAGCUAACUUUUACUGCUAAAUUGACGGUUCUUGAUUGAUUCGUGUU